AUGCAGAACAUCAUUAGUGCCAAGUGUCUGAAAGCUGUCAAAAACAUUCCCAUCACAGCGCAACUGGAGUGCUCGCUAACAACCCAGACCAUUAUUCCCUCCACUCAGAGGGAGCCUGCAGACAGAGGCGUGCAGACACUGAUAUGUGACUCUGCUAGAUCAAAUUAUUUAAAACUUAAAUCAAAUAUCUUUGUGUUCCUCCAGGCAUCUGACCCCGUCCCUAUCAAACGGUCCAAACAUGAAGACUUCCCCUCGCCGGCCCUGCAGUCGGACAAAGAGAAGCAGCACGACUGGCUCCAGUCCCUGUCCGCCGCCAAUAAGGGGCUUAACUGCAUCCAGCCCAGACAGAGACCCUCAGCUUUCAGACCCUGGUCCCCCCACAUCUCUGCUGGAGAGAAGGAGCCCUCCAGUCACCCCCUGGCCCUGCUGAGAGACAGCUUCUACAACUACAAGAGUAUAGAGAAAGCGGUGGCCCCCAAUGUGGCCCUCACACCGCUGCCCCUGGGGAAGGUAGGUCCAAUGUCCCUGUCGGUACCCAGCACCUCCCACCCGAGCGGAAGUGAGCCCCCGGGCGAGGGCGCCAGCUCCAGGCCCCGCAAGAGAAGAGCCACAGAGGAGCUCCAGCCCCCAGAGCCGGAGCCCCCCUGCCCCCCGCUCGCAGCCGCCAGCAAGCCGCCGCUGCCCCCCCCUCAGGACGACAAGGAAUCUGAGGUGGAGAUCGAAGUGGAAAGCCGCGAUGAAUUCACAUCCUCCCUGUCCUCCCUGUCGUCGCCAUCCUUCACCUCGUCCAGCAGCUUAACCAAGGACCUGAGCUCGCCGGGGGCCCUGGGGCCCGUCUGCACCGUCACGUCGGCUGAGGGCCCCCCUCCCACACCCACUGCAGCCCCCGUGGCCCCCUCAGAGGGGGGGCUAGAGUCGGAGCUGGAGAGUCUGAGGCAGGCGCUGGACAGCGGACUGGACUCCAAAGAGUCCAAGGAGAAGUUCCUGCACGAGAUCGUGAAGAUGAGGGUGAAGCAGGAGGAGAAGCUGGGGUCCGCCCUGCAGGCCAAACGCAGCCUCCAGCAGGAGUUGGAGUUCUUGCGGGUGGCGAAAAAGGAAAAGCUGCGGGAGGCGACCGAGGCAAAGCGAAACCUGAGAAAGGAAAUCGAGCGCCUGCGAGCCGAGAGCGAGAAGAAGAUGAAGGAAGCCAACGAGUCGCGGAUCCGUCUGAAGCGGGAGUUGGAGCAGGCACGGCAGCUAAGAGUGUGUGACAAAGGCUGCGAGGCCGGGAGGCUCCGCGCCAAGUACUCUGCACAGAUCGAGGACCUCCAGAUGAAGCUGCAGCACGCCGAGGCCGACCGCGAGCAGCUCCGAGCCGACCUGCUGCUGGAGCGGGAGGCCCGGGAGCACCUGGAGAGGGUGGUGAAGGAGCUGCAGCAGCAACUCUGGCCCAGCGACAAGGAGGGGGCACCUCAGGACACACUCGCUGAAAACUAACCCAGCAGCCAACCCCCCCCAUCCCCCAAUCGCCCGCCAUGAUCCCCAUCUUCUGCCCCCCACCACUCACAAAUGAAAGACUCUCCGAGCAGACACAGAGAGAAGAAACACCCAUGAAAAAUCAAGUGAGUGCUUUCAUGGAGAAAGACUGGAAACACUGCAACAUGGAAACAGGUGUUACUAAAUCAAACACUGACUUCCAAACUCACAGAACUAAAAACCAGGAUCACAAGAAUAAAAAGCAGAUUUGAGGGGAGAUCCAGGGACAGGCGUCUGUGGUGCUAGUGCUGAGAGACGAUCAUGUUAUAUUAGAGUAAUGCAGCUGUGGAGAGGAGGGGGUCACACUUAACAGACCGGAAUAAUCUCCUCCAAACGUCCCCUCGCCAUGACGAAGAUGGAGGGCAUUCUGAGCUAUUUAAGAGACUACAUAGCGAAAUGUAAAGAAAACAUGAGACGGUUUCUGUUUUUCUCUGUGCUAUUGAAGUUUAAAAAUAUAAAAAGGAUACAAAUAAAUCAGAAUAUGAACAUAACAAGCAAAUGAACUUCCCACAGUGCCACCGGGGUUUUGUCGGUUUUUCAGGAAGCCAUCGCAGUCCACUGAGGGGAAAAGCAUCCAGUUCAAAGUUCUUUUCCUCCCAUUGUUGCUUUAUAAAAUCAUGUAUUUCUAAUUUCUCCAAGUGGUGAGUGGGCUUGCAUUUGGGUAGAUCCUCCUCUCUGUGGAUCACACCCUGGAUUGGGAGUUGGGAAUAAAAACAUGCCGGGUUAAAGGCACCUUUUAGUGAGCACUUUCUGGAUGGUCAAUACCAACAUCCAACAUCUCAGUGUUGCUGCCAAUAAGCCACACUCUGUCGCCUUCUGUUAUUUUAACAAAACCCUGAAGUGUGUAUCUUGUAAAGAUAAAUCCUUCAGAUGUGAGUGUGGUUUUAUUGUCUUCUUACACUCGAGCGAUGAGAGCCGGUAUGUUUUUACUCCAAAUGACAUCAGAAGCAUCACCUAUGACAUCAUGGUGGGCUGGAUAUGGUGACAAGAACCACAAAAUGUUCAUUUUAAUUAAAUUAAGGUAUGUAAAUAUAAAUGUAUGUUUUUGUUUUUUUUGACUUUACAAUAAUGAAUCGCACUUUGUCAUAACAAAAUACUGUUAUAAUGCAUUGUACUCCCACUAUUGUCUUCAAUCUUACUUUGAAAAACACCAUCGUAUACAUGACUGCUACCAUAUAAAUCCAGUAAGCAUUAUGUUGAUUAUAUGCAUCUCCAAUAAAUACUGUUGUUCUGUUUUCUAAAGGCAAAGUCUUGUAAAUAAAUGGAAAGAAAGAACCUCUUGCUUGCUGAUGCAGUCUGGGAUUGUUGGACAAUUUUGGGCUAAGCACUCUCCCGCUUUUGUAAAAUAAUUGACACAAAUAUCGCACCCGGUUACAACUCCGACAAACAUCAUUAACAGCAUGUGAGGUGAUUGUUAUUGGAGCCUGAACUAAAUUCUCAUGUUGGAGGAAUAAAAUGUAAUUUUAUUCAAAAGGCAGCAUCCGUCACACAGUGGGUACAAUGCAAUCAGAAUGUACAUUGUGUUAAUGCUAUUUUUCCUUUGGUUGUUGUUGUGGAGAUAUUUUAUUAUUGCUUGUCUGUUAUGUUCACUUUCUUCAAUUGAAAACUCAUAUUUUCUUUAUGCAUGAAAUUUGAGUUUGCCAUACAUAUAGUCAGUUAUUGGGCAUUGAUACUGUACAUGUAAAGGUUUUAUUGUGUUAUGCAAUAUAAAGCAAAUUGUCUUAUUUAGAAGAGGAAAAAGUAAUACAAAAACAACACAGUAUAUUGUUCUUAAGGAACAAAACUCCACUCUUGCAAAAAAAAACUAAAGACAAGAAAAAAAAAUGCAAUGCUGGACAACCUCAAGUGCCUGGACGCGGGCGGGCGAAGGGUUUCCAGAGAAGGAACACUGAUGAUGACGCUGCUGGGGGCGUGGCCUCUCAUCACCUUCCUGUUUGCAGGUUUCAAAUCAAAAGCCCCUCCCUCGUUCAGCAGUUCUUCUUAACAGUAUUCUUAAGACCAACCAGUUUACAAACUUUGUUCCUUUUUCAGUGCUGAGAGUAAUUGAACAAACGCUAGACGCUUCAGGCUUUUUUUCUGAAUGAGUGCUUUUUCCUUCUUUUGAAAUCAAUGAUAUGCAUGUUCAAACCAUUUUUAUAGAAGAUCUUGAAAAGCCACUUGCUUCGAUGAAAUGUUACUUUGGGUUGUAUAUACAGACUGUUUAUUCCCAGCUUGUUGAGGAUAACACAGAGGGCAUUAUGUUAGAAGCCCUUUUCUUAUCUAACAUUACUGAUGUUGCUCAGAGAACAUCGCGGCGUCUGCUACUUUGGCAGACCUCAAAUUGGUACAUUUUGUAGUUGUUUUUACACUCAAAGAGUUGAUAGCCUAUGCGUAGUUUACUUUACUCAUGGUUUUCUACAAAAGAAGGGAGAAAAUAACGACAUUGGCUCUUCACUUUCCCGCGCAAAAAGAAAAAGCCGUUCAACAGCGUAUUGUUUUCUAAAGGAGAAUCAUUUUGCUAAAUAAUGGACAGUAACGCAGCAAUAACAGUCCAUAUUAAUAGACAAAUACUAGCCAGUGUGAGGAUUUGAAUAAGAAUUUACAAAUGUAAAUAUUUUUUUCAUUUACGAUAUUGUAUAAUAUAUGUACAUGGUGUUUCCUUUUUCAAAAAGAAAUCUUUUCUUACAAUAGCUGUCUUUUUUUUAAAUUUGUGUUUUAACUGAAAUGUUUAAAAAAGGCAGUGCGUAAGAGAAUAUUCCCUACAUAAACAUUUAAUCCAUAUCUUCUCAUUUUUUUUUACUGUAGAGUCUUUAUAUUGAAUGACUUUUUUCACCAGUUCAUAUAUAUUUUUAACAGUAUGUUCAGUAUCAGAUAGUAGACCUAGCGUAUGGGUGACACACACAUACACACACACACACACAUGCACAUAACUACGCCACCUUGCAGAUUGUUUCCCCUCAUCCUCAUGUAUCCUUUUAGCCCUGUGCUGCUGCUAAUUCUAUAUAAACCUUACAAUUCUAGAAAUAUUUUUAUGUAAGAGGUAAAUGUAAGCUUUCCCAUCAUUAAUGCCACAUAUACAGUGUGAAAAAAGCUUGGCUUAUUCAUCUAUCUUCCUUGUUUCCCUAAUUUUUUCACGCCUUUUUCCUCAUUCCUCCUCCAACGACCCUUCCCUUCUCUCACGACACGGACUAUAUUGUAAAGUAAAGGACUUUAUGAGAUUAUGUUUGAAAAUAGCUAUGCUUAUAUACUACAGUGACUGAAUGUACAGUGUAUAGAUGCAUUACCAGAAAUAAAGUUGUUUGUCCAGAU